GUAGUAGUGUGUAGACGUGAGUAGUAGUGGAUAGUAGUGGAUAAUAGUGAGUAGAAGUGAGUAGUAGUAUGUAGAAGUGGAUCAUAGUGGAUAGAAGUGUGUAGUAGUGUGUAGACAUGGGUAGUAGUGUGUAGAAGUGGAUAGUAGUGAGUAGUAGUGUGUAGACGUGGGUGGAAGUGAGUAGUAGUGGAUAGUAGUGAGUAGAAGUGAGUAGUAGUGGAUAGUAGUGAGUAGAAGUGUGUAGAAGUGGGUGGAAGUGGAUAGUAGUGAGUAGUAGUGUGUAGACGUGAGUAGUAGUGGAUAAUAGUGAGUAGAAGUGAGUAGUAGUAUGUAGAAGUGGAUCAUAGUGGAUAGAAGUGUGUAGUAGUGUGUAGACAUGGGUAGUAGUGUGUAGAAGUGGAUAGUAGUGAGUAGUAGUGUGUAGACGUGGGUGGAAGUGAGUAGUAGUGGAUAGUAGUGAGUAGAAGUGAGUAGUAGUGGAUAGUAGUGAGUAGAAGUGUGUAGAAGUGGGUGGAAGUGGAUAGUAGUGAGUAGUAGUGUGUAGACGUGAGUAGUAGUGGAUAGUAGUGGAUAAUAGUGAGUAGAAGUGAGUAGUAGUAUGUAGAAGUGGAUCAUAGUGGAUAGAAGUGUGUAGUAGUGUGUAGACAUGGGUAGUAGUGUGUAGAAGUGGAUAGUAGUGAGUAGUAGUGUGUAGACGUGGGUGGAAGUGAGUAGUAGUGGAUAGUAGUGAGUAGAAGUGAGUAGUAGUGGAUAGUAGUGAGUAGAAGUGUGUAGAAGUGGGUGGAAGUGGAUAGUAGUGAGUAGUAGUGUGUAGACGUGAGUAGUAGUGGAUAGUAGUGGAUAAUAGUGAGUAGAAGUGAGUAGUAGUAUGUAGAAGUGGAUCAUAGUGGAUAGAAGUGUGUAGUAGUGUGUAGACAUGGGUAGUAGUGUGUAGAAGUGGAUAGUAUGCGCACUUCUCUGUGCUAAGAUGCCCAAUAAGUCCAAGCAGAGUGUGGGGAGUGUGUCAGCUCAGAGUGCUGCUCCGGACCGAGGAGAACCGAGCCCAGGACCGGCACAGCGGGAGAACCGAGGGGACGAUGACAUCAUCAAAUCACCCAGUGACCCCAAACAGUACAGGUAUAUAGAGUUGAAUAACGGCCUUCGUGCUUUGCUGAUCUCAGACUUCAGCGUCUCUGAAGGGAACUCGGAUGAUGAUGACGACGAUGAUGAGGAGGAGGAAGAGGAGGAGGAAGAGGAGGAGGAAUAUGAUUCAGGAGAAGGAACAGAUGAUGAGUCAGAGGAAGAUGAUGAUGAGCAGGACAAUGAUGAAGAGAAUGAGAUGAAGAAGAAGAAAAAGGAUUCAGAGAAACAGUCAGCAGCAGCUCUGUGUAUCGGUGUGGGGAGUUUCAGCGACCCUGAGGAUCUGCCGGGACUCGCGCAUUUCUUGGAACACAUGGUGUUUAUGGGCAGUGAGAAAUACCCGCGUGAGAACGGAUUUGACGGGUUCCUGAAGAAACACGGCGGCAGUGAUAACGCCUCCACCGACUGUGAGAGGACUGUGUUCCAGUUUGAUGUGCAGAGGAAGAGAUUUCGAGAAGCCCUUGACAGAUGGGCUCAGUUCUUCAUCUGUCCUCUCAUGAUCAGAGACGCCAUAGAGCGAGAGGUGGAGGCCAUCGACAGCGAGUAUCAGUUAGCGAAGCCGUCGGACUCGCACCGUAAGGAGAUGCUGUUCGGCAGUCUGGCUAAACCUCUUCACCCCAUGGCCAAGUUCUGCUGGGGGAACGCACAGACUCUGAAGACCGAGCCGAAGAAAAACAAGAUAAACGUGUACAAGCGUCUGAGAAAGUUCUGGAAGAGACACUACUCCGCUCACUACAUGACACUAGCCGUACAGUCCAAAGAGACCCUGGACACUCUGGAGCAGUGGGUCAGAGAGAUCUUCAGCAACAUCCCUAACAAUGGUCUGGCCAAACCCGACUUCUCUCACCUGCUGGAGCCGUUUAACACUCCCGCCUUCAACAAACUGUACCGAGUGGUGCCUGUGAGAAAAGAACACUCCCUCACCAUCACGUGGGCGUUGCCCCCUCAGGAGAAACACUAUAGGGUGAAGCCGUUACACUAUCUUGCCUGGCUUAUCGGUCAUGAGGGAGCCGGCAGCAUCCUGUCUCUGCUCCGGAAGAAGUGCUGGGCGUUGGCUCUGUAUGGUGGUAACAGUGAGACAGGGUUUGAUCAAAACUCCACUUACUCCAUCUUCAGCAUCAACAUCACACUCACUGACCAAGGCUUCCAGAACUUCUACCAGGUGGUGGAUCUGGUGUUUCAGUACGUGAAGAUGCUGCAGCGUGUCGGCCCUCAGCGCAGAAUUUAUGAGGAAAUCCAGAAGAUUGAAGCUAAUGAGUUCCGCUACCAGGAACAGACAGAUCCGAUUGAGUACGUGGAGGACGUGUGUGAGAACAUGCAGCUGUUCGCUAAAGAGGAUUUCCUGGCCGGAGAUCAGCUACUGUUCGAGUUUAAUCCUGAGGUGAUCGGCUCCAUCCUAAAUCUCCUCACUCCAGAUAAAGUGAACUUGUUACUGCUGUCUCCGGAACACGAGGGGCUCUGUCCUCUACAGGAGCGGUGGUUCGGCACUCAGUACAGCAUCGAGGAUAUCCAGCAGCAGUGGAGCGAUCGCUGGGCCUCAGACUUCGAACUAAACUCAAACUUCCACCUUCCUGCUGAAAACCAGUUCAUCGCGACGGACUUUAUGCUAAAACCCUUGGACGGUGAAGACACGGAGUUUCCUGUUAAAGUCGCCGACUCUGACCGAGGGUGUGUGUGGUACAAGAAGGACGACAAAUUCAAAAUCCCUAAAGCCUAUGUGUGGUUCCAUCUCAUCUCCCCGCUGAUCCAGAAGUCCCCGAAGAAUCUGGUUCUGUUUGACAUGUUCGUCAACGUGUUGCUGUAUAACGUGUCGGAACCAGCGUACGAGGCGGACGUGGCUCAGCUCGAGUACAAACUCACAGCGGAGGAACACGGACUCGUCAUCAAGGUCAAAGGGUUCAACCAUAAACUACGGCUGCUGUUUAACCUGAUCGUGGAUCAUCUGGCUGGUUUCUCAGUGCCGCCGGACGUCUUCAGCAUGUUUACAGAGCAGCUGAAGAAGUCUUACUUUAACAUCCUGAUAAAGCCAGAGAAACUCGCCAAGGACGUGCGCUUGUUGAUCCUGGAGGCUGAGCGGUGGUCAGUGGUGGAGAAACACCAGGCCGUGAUGGAGGGGAUCAGCGUGGACGAGCUGAUGGAGUUUGUGCGCAGCUUUAAGGAGGAGCUUUACGCUGAGGGACUGGUGCAGGGGAACCUCACUCGCACGGAGGCCGCGGACUUUCUGAACUACCUCACACAUAAACUACAGUACAGGAAAUUAUCAUCAGAAGUUCCUGUUCAGUUCAGGGUGGUGGAGCUGCCGCAGACACGCAGUGUGUGUAAAGUGAAAUCUCUCAAUAAAGGAGAUGCAAAUUCAGAAGUCACUGUUUAUUACCAGUCUGGAGUGAAGAACCUGCGAGAACACACACUGAUGGAGCUGCUGGUGAUGCACAUGGAAGAGCCGUGCUUCGACUUCCUCAGGACUAAAGAGACUCUGGGGUACCACGUCUACCCCACCUGCAGAAACACGUCCGGCAUCCUCGGCUUCUCCGUCACCGUGGAGACGCAGGCCACCAAGUUCAGUACGGAGCAUGUGGAGAGGAAGAUGGAGGAGUUCCUGCAGAGCUUUGGCGAGACGCUGGCGGCGCUGUCUGAUGAUGCGUUCAGGAGUCAUGUGACAGCGCUGGUGAAGCUGAAGCAGUGUGAGGACACACACUUGGGGGAGGAGGUGGAGCGACACUGGAACGAGGUCAUCACCCAACAGUACAUCUACGACCGACUCCACCAUGAGAUCGAGGCGCUGAAGCUGAUCAGUAAAGCUGAGCUGAUCGACUGGUUCCUGCAGUACAGAUCUCAGAUCAGCAGGAGACUCAGUGUGCACGUGGUGGGUUUCGGGUCGCAGGAGAACGACCCCCUGGCUGAGGAGGAACCGGAGACGUCUCAGUACAGUGAAGUGUCCGGACUGGUGUUCCUCUGUCCGUCACGCACACUGCCCUCUGACAUCAUCAUCACCGACAUCAGAGCUUUCACACACACACUCGCGCUGUAUCCAUAUCAUAAAGUGCUCCAGUAAACACGCGCGACUUGAGGACGCUGGUGCUGAUGAGGAAAAGUGCAACAAAGAGUUUCACUUUAAUCUCUCUUGGGUGCCAAUAUAUUUGCUUGGUGUUUCUGAGUGAUGUGCUGAACGCGCUCCUGUAUGCAGUUUAUUCCCGUCAUUAAAGAGAGUUUAUUACAUGAUUAGAAAAGAAUAACUAAUCACCAGUUGGCACCUUGAGCUGGGAUUGGUUCUGAUUGUCCAUGACACUUUUCUCUGAACCACAUUUUUUAUAAAGUCUGUAACGGUUGUUUGCGUCCUGUCACUGAACCGCUCGAGACGUCUGAGCUCCAGAGGAGACACGGCGCUGAUGCCUGACUGAGUGAAGCCUCCGGAUUCCAGCAGUGGAGUGACUCGGGAGAUGGAGAGAUGAUUAAAUUUAGUCGGGGUCAGUGGAUGAAGCUCUUCCUGCUUUGCUAUUAAACUUUGACUGAAAUGUUUCAUAACACAGGUUACUGUUCUCUCUGACGUGCCACGCCCGGGUCAAGCACCUGCUCAGAUAAAUGAGACGCUUGAGGUUGGUGAUGUCGGGGAGCUUCCUGUUAAUCUGGUGCUCUUUAACCCGCAGAAACUCCAUUUUCUUUCUAAUCUUUUGGUCUUGGACAGGCCCCGCCCCCAGUCAGCUCUCUCCUAUCCCACGACAGGGUGAAGGCGAAGACGUGCUUCUACCUGAGACACGUGAAGGCAACAGAAUCUUUUCAAACUGCUGCUCCCGCUGCGUCACAGAGCGGCGUAACACGUUCGGAGGAAACCGCUAUCCGCCGUCUUCCACAUACAUGAACUCACAGGCAGCCACAUUUGGGGCUGCAUCACCAUCAUACAUUAAAAGCAUUGGCUCAUUAAGCUCAUUUCAGGUUUUCACGGCACUGUCUCAGAGAAUUAAGCUGAUUAUGUAGCGUCACUAAACUUCAACAGAUAAAUAAAAGAAAAUAAAAACCC